AUGAAAGGACAGGACAGACGGGAACUAGAGAACAAGAAAGGACAGGACAGACGGGAACUAGAGAGCACGAAAGGACAGGACAGACGGGAACUAGAGAACAAGAAAGGACAGGACAGACGGGAACUAGAGAGCAUGAAAGGACAGGACAGACGGGAACUAGAGAGCAAGAAAGGACAGGACAGACGGGAACUAGAGAGCAAGAAAGGACAGGACAGACGGGAACUAGAGAGCAUGAAAGGACAGGACAGACGGGAACUAGAGAGCAUGAAAGGACAGGACAGACGGGAACUAGAGAGCAAGAAAGGACAGGACAGACGGGAACUAGAGAGCAUGAAAGGACAGGACAGACGGGAACUAGAGAGCAUAGGACAGGACAGACGGGAACUAGAGAGCAAGAAAGGACAGGACAGACGGGAACUAGAGAGCAAGAAAGGACAGGACAGACGGGAACUAGAGAGCAUGAAAGGACAGGACAGACGGGAACUAGAGAGCAAGAAAGGACAGGACAGACGGGAACUAGAGAGCACGAAAGGACAGGACAGACGGGAACUAGAGAGCACGAAAGGACAGGACAGACGGGAACUAGAGAGAGCGCAUGAAAGGACAGGACAGACGGGAACUAGAGAGCAAGAAAGGACAGGACAGACGGGAACUAGAGAGCAAGAAAGGACAGGACAGACGGGAACUAGAGAGCAAGAAAGGACAGGACAGACGGGAACUAGAGAGCACGAAAGGACAGGACAGACGGGAACUAGAGAGCAAGAAGGGACAGGACAGACGGGAACUAGAGAGCAAGAAAGGACAGGACAGACGGGAACUAGAGAGCAAGAAAGGACAGGACAGACGGGAACUAGAGAGCAAGAAAGGACAGGACAGACGGAACUAGAGAACAAGAAAGGACAGGACAGACGGAACUAG